AUGCCGAAUGUUAGCUUUCUAGAGUUCCAGUACAAGCUUUCAAGAAAUAAGCUUCUGCGAAGGCCAUCCCGAUUGUUCUCUUCCUGGGACAGACAAGGCUCUGGUGCUCUACCCUCUUUCCAGCCAAAUUUGAGCGAGUUGAGGCGGGUUUUCAAUAAAUUUGAUUCAAACAAAGAUGGCAAAAUUUCUCAGCAGGAGUACAAGGCCAUACUAAGAGCUCUGGGACAGGAAAAAAUGAUAGGAGAAGUGCCAAAGUUUUUCCAGGUGGUUGAUUUGGAUGGAGAUGGAUUUAUCGACUUCAAAGAGUUUGUUGAAGCGCAGAAGAAAGGAGGAAGCAUUAAUAUGACAGACAUUCAGAGUGCUUUUCAAGCAUUCGACAUAAAUGGAGACGGUAAGAUAACUGCUGAGGAAGUUAUGGAAGUCUUGAGGAGGCUUGGUGAACGAUGCAGCUUAGUGGAUUGCCAGAAAAUGGUCAGGGCAGUUGAUGCUGAUGGUGAUGGUAUGGUUGAUAUGGAUGAGUUUACAACCAUGAUGACACAAACUUUGAUUAAUCAUGAUUAAGUGAGUCUACGUUUAUAUGAAGGCUUAUUUUAUUUGUAAUCCUGAGUGACAUGUUUAAGAAUUCUGCAUUUGAUGCAUGUGUAUACAGGAGGGAAUCUACUAACCAUGUGUGUUUAUAAAUCAUAAUAACAUUUUUCCUUUUAUUCUUUUUC